AACAGUAAAAUAUGGAGGAGGACAACGCUGCCGCGGCUCUCGACAAUAUUGUGACGGAAUUUCACACAUACGAAGAUUUCCUCGACUCUCAAAUUACGUCUUUGGACUUGUAUUAUCUCGAGGAUGAGGAGUUGGCCCGCCAGCUGGUGGAGCUUGGCUAUAGGGGUAGCGGAGAGGUCCUGAAGAGGGAGGAAUUUGAGACCAGGAAAGCAGCUGCAGAGGCUUCCAGGCUCUCCAAGAGGAGCCAGCAAAAGACACUGGCAAGUGUGGGAAAAGAGCUGAAAGAUAACUUCCUGAAAGCACUGGCGGAGAGAGAGGAGGCAAACCGCAGUGGGAAAAUGACUUCUAUUAUUUUCAUAAGGGACCGUAACGCUCUUGGACAGGAGAUCUCUGGAUAUAUCGACUACUCCCACAGACUGAAGACAGAGGGAUUUGAUCCAUACUUCAACGGCAAGAAGAGGCUGUUGCCAAGACCUACAGAUUUAAGCUUCUACAACUGGGAGACCCAGGUGUCCACGUCCAACGCCAGCACUAACUACCAGGUGAUAGCUGAGAACUCCAGCGGUCUGCUCUUUAAGAACAAGACGGACAGAAAGAUCCUCAACGUGGACCCUAAGGCCUCACCAGGGGACAACUCCUCCAGGACUCCCCUCCAGUCUGACCUCUACAGCCAGGUCAUCAUCUAUGACCACAUCACCAGGAGGAAAACCUAACCGCUCCCCUGUCCCCCUCCCUGCUACCACCACCACCUCACACUGCUAUUAAUCACCUAGACCUA